AUGCCGCGCUACCAUUCCGACUCCGACUCGUCCGAUUACACUCCCCGGCAGCGGGCCCGCUCCCCAGGGAGGCGACGACCGGCGACCCCCGGCCCACGGCUCCGGGCGCGGGAUCUGUCCGAGGACAGACAGGCGUCAGCAGCGGGGCCCUACGCUGCCGGAGCGAUGCCUGCGCGACUCCAAUAUGAGGAGCACACUCCCUUCUAUCCGCCCGCCCGGCGCGCCGACGGACCCACCACCACGACCGACGCCGCUCUUUUGGCGCCCACUGGCAGGCGCAGGGAAGACGAUCGGCCCCGACGGCCGCGCGCCGCGCGCUCAUCCUCAUCCUCGUCCUCCUCGUCCUCCUUCCGCUCCCCUUCCCGGUCGCGCUCCCAUCGCAGCCGUAGAUUGAGCUCAGCAAAGGACAAAGCUCGCGAGAUCAUCAACUCGACCUUCACGCCGUCCACGUCUGGCCUGGGUGUAGGGGUGCUGGGCGCGAUAGUCGGCGGGCUGGCGGCGCGUGAGGCCAGCGAGGCGGUUAGCAAUAGUCAUCAUGGCGGCGGCCACCACCAUCACCAUGGUCAUGGGCAUGAGAAGAGGGAUGACAAGGGGGCGUUGCUGUCAACCAUUGUCGGCGCGGCGGUGGGCGGGCUAGGGGCGAACGCUAUCGAGAAGAAAUUUGAGGAUCGACGGUCGGCAUCCAGGGAGAAGGAUUGGGAGCGGGAUAGAGAUAGAAGGGAAGGAGGGAGGCGAAGUGGGGAGUGGAGGCGGUAUUGA